AUGGCAACAACGGUCCAAGUCGGUCACGGCAGUGGUGACAGCAGCGACCAAAGUUAUCCCCUGGCGGCACAAAUCCCGCUGAAGGAAUUCACCCUCCCCGACUUCCCGCCUCAAGCGUCUCGACUCCGCGAGCUCACACUGACCGCCGACAUCAAGCUCGACGAGUACCAGACUCUGCUACAGACCCAAACCCCGCUCACGCAGCCCGAGCUGCUGCCGAACGUCCCUCGCUCCGUGACCCAUCUGACGCUGGAGCUCUUCGGGCUCGGGUUCCCCGGCAACACUACACCGGCCUUGGGCUUCUUGGGCCGCCUGGCCAAGUGCCUUCCGAACCUGCGGUCCUUGACCUUUUUCAGCUGCCUGAUUGACGGCCUGGACGACGCGAGCCGCAGAGACGCCGAGGAGCUGUUUGAGUCGUGCACGCAGAUCCAGGAGAUCCACGUUAUCGAUUCGUUUUCGCGACCGGGGUUUUUCACGCGGGUGGGUUCGAUACUUGAGAAACGCGCCGCCGCCCGAAACUCAAGCUCCGCCGGAGGCGGUGUCGAUGUCGAUGUCGAUACCAAGGACGCGAGUGGAGGUGAUAGGGAUGGCCUCAAAGUCGUAAAUGUAAGCUACACAUUCCGCGGGCACGAGGACAGCGAUUUCCUGGCUCGCGUCGCCGGGGAAGAACUCGCCAGUCUCAUCGUGCCGGGUCUCAUCGGCGUGAGUUUCGACUUUGUCCCAGCGUCGCGACGCGAUGAACUCGACGAGCCCUCUGGACAAGAGGGCGAAAACACAGGUGAUGCUAAGAAGAAGAACGACGAGAAAAUGCCAGAAGGCGUGUUGCCGUUCGCGAGCGACGGGAGAGCUGCCACGGCAAUCAGAAAACGGUUCGAGACGGCUUCAGCCGGAGGAGCAUUGACGUCUAUCAAGGUGUUGAACCUGGGUAUGUUCUCCCUCCGACCCGUGGAGGUGGGGGAGAUAGUAUACGCUUGCGCAGGUGGCGCUGGUGCCGAUGCCAAUGGCGCUACUGGUACGGGACUGGUCGAUUUGACUGUCGCUGUCCUUCUUGAGGACGGGUGGGCAGAUGACCUCGUGGCCGGGUUAGGGUACAACGGGGUCGGAAGGGCGCUGGAGGGAAUCGAAAUUGUCGGUGUGCCGGGUGCGAAAGCCGAGGCUGGAAUAAUAGUCGACAAGACGGAAGAGGUUGACAAGGAACAACGACAAAGCAACGACAACGGUGGCAGAACCGGAAUCAAAUUAAUCGACCUGGCCGAUGUCGAGAAAUUGGCAAAAUCCUGUCCGAAGCUCGGAAAGGUCGGCAUGAGCAUUUUGAAAGUCAAGAGUGCGCCAGACGUUGUCUUUGUAAAGAAGGAAGACGGGGGUUUGGAGUUCAAUCUGAGAAACGAAGUAGAGUACAAUACAACACAAUAG